GGCAGCCCCAGUGGUCUUAGCCUGUUAGAACCAAAUGUUUUUGGAGAAGAGGAACAGGAAGAACAAAAACCAGAGAUACCAGGGUGUUCACCUGGACUCCCAGGACCUCCAGGGCCCCCUGGCCCAGAGGGUCACACUGGAUUACCUGGGAUAAGAGGCCCAAAAGGAGAAAAGGGAGAAAUUGGACGUCCAGGGUCAAAGGGUCGGACUGGUGCUCCAGGCCUCCCAGGGAAGCAAGGACUACCAGGAGUGCCUGGUCCUCAGGGACCCAAGGGUGAGAAAGGGGAUACAGGACUCAUGGGGUUACCAGGACUGAAAGGACCACCUGGGACGAAGGGAUUACCUGGUUACAAAGGACAGAGAGGGGCUCGUGGUGACCCUGGGUUGGCAGGAGCAAAAGGCGAUAAGGGUUCCACUGGUUUGCCUGGGAUGCUUGGUCAGAAGGGUGAUCAGGGACCACAUGGGGAGCCAGGGAUCCCAGGGAAAAGAGGACCCACUGGGCGACCUGGGAAAAGAGGCAAACAGGGCAUAAAAGGUCAGACUGGAGAACCAGGAGUCAUGGGCCCCCCAGGUCCACCAGGUCCAAACGGUCACCCUGGACCACCUGGUCCACCUGCCUCAGGUUUCUACCUAGUAGGAGAAAAAGGCGAGAAGGGUCACUCAGGUCCACCAGGUCACUGCGACUGUGAUUCCAUUCUUGGAGCCAAUAAUGCUCCUUUUGGAAGUUACACACAACGGGGUGGCCCCAGUAAAGUCCCUGGAAUAUUUGUCGUCAACAGUGAAGAAGAGAUGGCCCGUCUACGUCUAGACAACACGAUAGCAUUUAGGAAGGAUCAGAGGAUGCUGUACUUUAAAGAUAAAGAUGGAUGGAAGUCCAUACAGCCCUUUCAGCCAUUCCAGUCCACAGAGAAAGUCCCGGACAGAGUUGGUGUGUGUGGAGAUGGGAAGGUGCAGGCCCAGCACGGAGAAGAGUGUGAUGAUGGGAACCAGAUUGUCACAGACGCUUGUCUCAACUGUAAGUGGGCCUUCUGUGGAGAUGGCUACCGACAUGAAGGCAUGGAGGAGUGUGACGGAAAGGACUUUGGUUAUCAGACCUGCAAAUCUUAUCUUCCUGGAUCCUUUGGGCAGCUCAGAUGCACCGACUCUUGUCUCAUUGAUUCCACUGGCUGCAAAUACUUUACCUGAACUGAAUAGUAAAAAAAAAA